AUGGCUUCAAGAAAUGGUGAAGAAGAGAAAGUUGAACUAGGCUUCAAUGAUGUUCAUGAGACAAAGACAAAUAAGGAUUGGAUCCUUUUGUCCCUUAGAGUGGUUGCUUUUUUUGCCACUACAGCUGCCACUCUUGUCAUGGCACUCAACAAACAGACCAAGAGUUUGGUUGUUGGCACCGUUGCUAACAAUCCAAUAACAGCUACUCUUUCUGCAAAGUUUAAUCAAACUCCAGCUUUUGUGUUCUUUGUGAUAGCAAAUGCAAAUGCUAGUUUCCAUAACUUGGUGAUGAUAGCAUUGGAUGUGUUAGGACCCCAAUAUGAUUACAAAGGACUUCGUCUUGCAUUGGUUGCAAUAUUAGACAUGUUAACUAUGGCUCUAGCAUCAGCUGGAGAUGGAGCAGCAACAUUCAUGUCAGAACUAGGAAGGAAUGGUAAUUCACAUGCAAGAUGGGUUAAGAUAUGUGACAAAUUUGAAAGCUAUUGUAAUAGAGGUGGUGGUGCACUCAUUGCUUCAUUCAUUGGCUUCAUUCUUCUCUUGAUUAUCACAGUGAUGUCCAUUGCCAAGCUUCUUAAGCCAAAUCGCAUUAACCAUGCUAUCAGUCCUUGA